UCGGGGGAAGAGAAGACUGCGGGGGUGAGGUUUCUGUGCGCGUGUGCUCCCGGUGGUGCAUGCUUGCGUGGGUGAGGUUUGUGUGCGUUUCGUGCUUGCGUGUGUGCAGUACUUGCGUGUGGGUGCGGGGAGCGGGGAGAGGGGCUGUGCUUACCCAACACACCCACCCACGCACACACACACAGAUACAUACACACACACACACACACACACACACACAGAGCCGCGGGGAAACAUGAGGGGUGUGCUGCUCUAGAUUGUUGUUGCAAGCCACGAGAGUCGGACCACCUUUUUUUGGUCGAAAGAGGGUCGAAAAGCUUCGCGCGGAAGCGUCGAAAAAUAAAUUGCUGACGUUUGUUCGGAGAGUAGGAGCUCUGCUGGGAACGACGUUGAAAACGCUAAGCAGGCAUGGAACACCGAGCUAUGGCGGGAGAGGAGAAGGAGGGGGGAGAGGAGGUGGACGAAGAAGCGAUGGUAGAGCAGCAGAUGCUUGCAACAGCCUUGGUAGAGCCAUUAGCAAGUCUACCACCCGUUGAUUUCGCCUUCGCUUAUGGUUCUGGUGUCUUCUCUCAGCGUCUGCCGUUAUCUGACGGAGGAGGAGGAGGAGGAGGAGGAGGAGGAGGAGGGGAAGGAGGAGAAGGAGGAAGAGUAGGAGGAGGAGAAGAAGGAAGAGGAGGAGGAGGGGAAGGAGGAGGAGGAGGAGGAGGAGGAGGAGGAUUGAUGAGGUCUAUCUCGAUGCCAACGUCGAGCUCAACGCGGACUGCCCGGAAGAAGAAUGUGGAUAUGAAGCGGCGGGUUAUUGGCGGGAAAGAGCAUGAUCAACCGGAUAAGGUGGAUACGAAGUGGCGGUUAAUUGGCGGGAAAAAGCAGGAUCAACGGGAUGAAGCCCUAAUGAUCGAUUAUGUCUUGGGCGUUGAUUGUCCUGAAGCUUGGCAUGGGGAAAAUCUUAAAGUCAAUCGGGACCAUUACUCUGGGUUUGUGAGCAGGUUGGGCGGUGGCUCCGUCGCUGCCGCCAUAGCUGAUCGAGUCGGUGUGGGAGUGCAUUUCAACACUCUCGUCCCUUUGCCACGUGGCGGUCUCAUCAAGUACGGGGUAAUCAGCACGCAGCGUUUGCGAAGGGAUCUGGAAGAGUGGGAAUCGUUAUACGUGAGCGGGAGGCUGCAGAAGCCUGUCAAAGUGCUCAUUGAUGACGUGGACAUGAUGGGGCGAUCGUGUUCCAAGAACCUGAGGUCGGCUAUGGCGGCAGCGAUGCUGCUUCUGCCACUUACCUUCUCCGAGAUGGAGCUUCUUUUGUCGCUUUGCGGUCUGUCUUAUCUUGGCGAUAUGAGAAUGGGACUCGCAGAGGAUAGGGACAAGGUCAUGAAGAUCGCGACCGGGAGUAGAGCAGACUUGCUCACGUGGUAUCGGGAUCCCAUAUCACAUUUUGAACGUUUAGGAUGCCUUCAAACCACAUCGCCGCAAUCUCCUCCUCUUCCGCCUGCUUCUUCUUCUUCUUCUUCUUCUCCUUCUUCUUCUUCUCCUUCUUCUUCUUCUUGCUUGUCAUCUUCAUCGCCGUUGUAUUGGGAGCAAGAUGGCUCAGAACAUGGGAGAGAGAGACUGUUGGGGGCGCUUCCGGAGGGAGUGGUGCGAGCUUUGGCUAUGGCGGCGGGGUUCAGAGGUUUACAUAGUAGGACAGCGAGAAUGGGAGACCAGCUUGAUGAUUGUAUGGCUAUGGAGAAGGAGAAGGAGGAGGAGGAAGAUGGAGAGGAGAGUUCAUCGUUGAAGCUAGAGAUGGCGAGAUAUGUCGCACGGACUAUGGAUAGAGAUGGGUGCACCUCGGCCCUGCGGGAUCGGAUCUCGUCCAUUGUCAGAUCAUCUAGUCAGCGACAGGCUGCUGCAGCUUUCCUCUCUGCAGGGGGGUACAACUCUCUGCGGAGGAAGAGGAGUGGGGAUGGUGGUGACAAUUCCGCAAACUCCUCAACGUCAUCGAAGGAUGGGCCGGCUGAUGCAAAAGGGGUAGGGCUUUGGGGGUCGGGGUGGCAGAUGGGAAAGACGGCGGCGGAGCGGGGAACGGCAAGAGAGUGGGCAGGGGUUGUGGAUCUGGCCAGGCGCCUGAAUGAUCCCACUGACACAGUGAUGGCGAGCCGAGUUGCGCUGGCUCUGUGGAUUUUUGAGGCAAUGAUGUGUGCGGUGAUCGUUCGGAGAGUCGCGUAUACAGAAAUAGAUUGGGAAGCUUACAUGUCCCAGGUGAAGGGAUUCCUCGGAGGCGAGCGAGAUUACACUAAGUUGAAAGGAGACACAGGUCCUCUUGUUUAUCCUGCAGGAUAUCUUUACAUCUUCUCCGGUCUGUUCCAUCUUACGUCUGGAGGCGCGGUGUUUCCAGCGCAGAUCUGUUUUGCUAUCCUCUAUCUUGCUAAUCUUGCUGCGGUCUUCUAUAUCUACAUCAGGUCUGCGGUUUCUGUGCCUCCCUGGGCUUAUCUGUUACUCUGCCUCUCAAAGCGAUUGCAUUCCAUCUUCCUCUUGAGACUAUUCAACGAUUGCUUCGCGAUGUUUCUUGCCUACCUUUCGAUCUCGGCAUUGCUCUCUAGGCGUUGGAUCCUUGCAGCGACCAUCUUCAGCGCCGGCGUGUCGGUGAAGAUGAACCUCCUGUUGUUUGCGCCUGGGCUGGCUAUCGUCUUGCUGAAGAGGACGUCGAUCGGAGUGACGAUUGCGGCGCUGACGGCAGCCGGCCUUGUUCAGCUGCUUGCUGGAAUCCCCUUUCUUUUGUCCUACCCGUGGGAAUACCUAUCGAGAGCUUUCAAUUUUAGCCGUGUGUUUAUCUACUUCUGGUCGGUGAACUUCAAGUUUGUCAGAGAGGACAUCUUUGUGUCCAAGCCCUUCGCCGUGUCCUUGCUCGCGGCGCAUCUGCUUCUUCUCUUUCUGUUCGCACAUCGCUGCUGGCUUUAUCGCGAGGGUGGUGUCCUCUCCUUCCUGCGCAAGGUGAUUUCUGGCGGAAAGAAGAAACGACAGACUCAACAGAAGAAGAAGAACAAGAGCAAGGAGACGGCGAUUGUCGGCAGUCGGGACGAGGAGAAGGAAGAGCGAACCGAUAUCGCGACGAUCAUGUUCACCGCCAACUUUGUAGGGAUUGUUUGUGCUCGAUCGCUUCACUAUCAGUUCUACUCUUGGUACUUUCACACCAUCCCCUACCUGCUUUGGUGCACGCCGAUCGCAACUCCCGUCAGACUGCUUCUUUGGGUAGCGAUUGAGUAUUGCUGGAACGUCUUUCCAUCCACGGCGGAGUCAUCGCUCCUGUUGCUUGCCGCCCACCUUACCAUCUUGGCUGGACUUCUCUGGAGGCGGGCAUAUACAAGUCGUUUGGUGAAGUCCGAUUGAUUGGGUUUCGAACUUUCGAUCUAUACAUCGACACAGUGCUGCUGCGCUCCAGUGUUGAUUCGAAGACGGUGUUACUUUUCCGUGUGAGGCAACAGAAGCACCAGGCGUGACGCCGGUCGAUGUUCUGUGCCCUGGCUGCUGGUUCAAGCUUGAGAGAUUGACUGUUGUCAGUCGGUUUAAGCUCCUUCCCGCUUCCUUGCUUUUCUUAUGUGGGAAAGAGGGGGGAGGAGGAGGAUUGCUGGUUUAUCAGCGAAGAAUCGACGAAGACAUACGGAAGGGAGAUACAUAGGUCGGUGGGAGAAGGAGAGGAUCGUUGUAUGCCAAAGCUGGAAAGGGUAAUGUCGCAGUGCGAUGAUGAUAUUUGUAUGGCCAGGACAACUUUGUGGCACUGGCAACAAUAGGGGGAUGGCAGGCAUUGGUAAAGAGUAGCGCCGGCGAAGCGGCGGAUUUAGAUGCAGUAGAAAGGUUGUUACAGCUGCCAGCAUGAGAAAGCCAACGCUAUCUUUAUUGAUCGUUGACUGAUGCACGGUAGCUGAGGUCGUAUUUGAUAUUGCAACAGAUUUCGUGGUUACCUAAGCUUUUCAAGUUUUUAGCAAUUGUGUCCUUCACCCGAUGCCCAGUCGGCACGAACGGCAGAUCAGACAUGUAAUUGGCACAUGUUUUUUGAGGGCAUACUCCCACUAGGACUUUGUUACUUAUAAAUGGACGUAAUUGCCGUCAGAUGCAUCCAAGGCUGGCAGUUCUGGCAGUAGAUGCGGUCAGAUGCAUCCAGGUCUGGCAGUAAAUGCAGUCAGAUACA